AUGGAUGCAGGGAGUUCCAGUCACGAUCCAUACUUCCUUCAUGUCAAAUUUGACCAAAGAUGGGAGUGUCACAAAGACACCAUCAUUCGACUCUACCUCGACGAAAAAAUGUCAUUCGUGAAACUGGCGGAAACGAUGAAAAUGCAGUACCGUUUUGAUGCAAAUGUUCGACAAUACAAGUAUCACCUCAAGAAGUGGAAUGCGACGAAGAACCUGAAGUCGAGCGACAAAGAAAAAGUCAUUACAGUUCUCGGGAAGAGAGCGCGAGACGGCCAUGAGACAGGGAUAGUUCGUCACAGUGGUAUGGAGGUUGAUAAGAAACGUCUACGGAGACACUUGCAGUCCUCAGCGCGGCAACAGCCUGGCUUGCAUCUGCAAGGCAUUGUAUUUGGCCGAUGGAAUCUACCCCACGAAGCCUUACGAACGACGUUGAUACAGCAACUCAAUCCUCCUUCUCCCUUUCGAGUAAACGUCUCGACACCAAGCGACGUCAGUGUUCUGAGCCCACCAGCAACGACUCCACAACAGGGAAAUGCAGCCAAUGUACCAACCCCAACAACAACAGCCAUUAUCCACAGAACGUAUGUCAAUAGAGCGAGAUACCUCGUGGAAGGAAGACUUCAAGAUCUUUUCAAUGAUAUGACUGCUGCUGAGUCAAGAACUACCACCAAUUGGCUCCAUCACUUCUGGCUCUUUUCAUUCAUGUCAGCGAAGUAUUGGGGAAAGGGCCCAACCCAAUGGUCCUGGGAGCUUCUCAACUUCAUGACACUGGCAGAUAUCACUUCGUCGCCGAAUACCCCGGGCUGCAUUGGCGCAUCGCCGCCUCAUCUUGCUGAAACAGCGCACGCUCAUACAGAUCGGUCCUCGGCUCGCACCGUUAUUGCCCCUACGCCACUUUGUCGCUGGUCAAUUCAUUACCAGACACCAAAUUAUGAGAGAAUACCUUCUCCAACACGUAACAUUCAGGACGAAUUUCCCAGAAAUGCACCAGAUACAUGGCCAGCUUGGCAGCGGGGCUCAGUCCGUGAAAGUUUGGCAGAUCGCCUGAAGGAAGCCAUUGAGCAGAAUUCGUUCAGUGACAUUGAACGAGAGUCUCUACCAAUCUCGACUACACAAAUCGUCGAAGCUGUCGCCAGAUCACCAGAGGAACUCCGGGUUGAGUCAAUAGGUUUUGCUAUUAUGGCUCAAAAUGUCGAAGUUCUCUCUGACCAAGAUUGGAACGUCAUCAGUAGGGAUCUCGAUUUGUCUACACUACAUCCAUUUCACCUCGCAGCAAGCUAUCUGAGUGGGGGCAAGACUUGUUGCAACGUGCUUACAUUUCUCGCCUUGAAUCUCGGCCCCACCAGUUCCAAUUCCAUCAAGAAACUGUAUAUUAAUGACCUGGGCUAUACAGUUCUAGAUUGUUUGAUGUUGUUGAUUCUGAAGGGCCAUACCUCUUGCACAAUAGCAGUCGCGGACAGUCAGGUACCACGAUCCCAGGCGUUUGUUGGAGAAGAGAUUGACCUGUGCGGGCGUUGGGAUGCAGAUUCAACUUGUGUCAUUGCCUUGCAUAGGGAAGGUGUCGCACGUGCCCCUUUCUGUUGGAAGCAUGUUUUCUGCCAUACCUCAGUGCAGGCGAUUUGUCAUUCGAUAAAUGCCAUCUUUCGCAUGCCUUGGUCACCAGACAUUGACACACCCAGUGGCUUGUUCAUCAAGUACUGCCAGAACCAGAGCUGCAAACAGAAGCUGUCACUACUUCCUUUACACACACUAGUACUUGUGGCUUUCCACCUCGGUAACAGCGGCACUGAGGGAGAGACAUUAUUUGGUAUGGUUGCCUGUCUGCUAUGCCUAUUGAUGAACGGCGCAAAUCCACUCGAGCGGGCUGAGAUAUCGCUCAAUUCUCUGCUUGACAUUGACGAAGAGGGCUGCAGUCACAUCUUCAUGACUCCAGCGGAGCUAGCUAAACGUGUUCCUUAUGAACUGUUAAGAACAUGGAGCAAAGAAGCCCAGCUUGGCUGGAAUGUCUUUGCGGAGACCUUGCAAUUUGCUGUGAAUGAGCGAAGAAGCUCUAUGCAAGCAGAGGCUCCAUCCGCAAGCUCCAGCUCUUUUGGUCUGGAAGACGAUACCAACCCUGAUGGACCGAGAGCAAGAUUUUGGUGGUCAGAAAGCGUUAAGAAAAAGGAUAAAGUUGGACACGAUGAAAGCUGCGACCACGAAUACGACUGUCUAGUCGAAGGAGAGCGAAGGAAUUUCUAUGGAAAGAGCCCGGAACUUGGCAAGCUUUGGGGGAUGAUACAGGCGGAAUUACUGACGUACCGUCGCGUCCAGGAAGGAGAUCGUUGGCUGUCUUCCAAUUUCAACAUGCAUGCCGUGCUGCAGGCUCUGAGUCGUCAUCAAGACAUAGAUACACUCCCCAUGUUCACAAGCUCGCUGACAAUGCCGCUAUGUGUAUGCGGAAAGUACAUGGACGCAUAUGAUGAUCUCUGCCCAACAGUUCAAGAGGCAUGUGCCGUAUACUUCAGCAACAUGGAUGACUGGUCGAGAUCCAUAUUUAUAGAGAUGCCCAUAUCAUGA